GUUAGAAACCAGCGGCAGCAUGAUAUAAAUGCAGUCAUAUUGAUACUGACUUCUUCUGACCUUCCCAGAACCAAGGGAAAACUGACCAUUAUCAGAAUGGAUUCAAUGGAAAUUGACGACAACCUUUAUAUGAAGAGAACCUCACAAUGGCGGAUUUUCAUAGAAAAAAGCAGCCCUCUAGAUGUGUGACCGUGUGUCUUGGGUUGCUGUGUGCUGUCCUGUUGGCUGGUAACAUAGGACAGUUUAUCUACUAUGAGAUAAUCAGCCAUCUCGUGUCAGCAGACCCGACUCAGGCCACCUACCAGGUUCAAGGAGACCGACUGCAGAGCGGUUAUGAUGCAUCAACUGCAGAGAGAAAACAGUUAGAGGUCAAACUGAGUAACCUGACUGAAGAAAAAGACCAGCUGCAGCAGAGUUACAAAGCUUUGACUACUGAGAGAGAUGAGUUCAAGACCAGUUCCAACAAUCUGAGAAAUGAGAAGGACCAGCUACAAGCCAGUUACAACACCUUAAAACAGGAGAGCGAUCAGAUACAGACGAGCUAUAACACAAUACAGAGGAGUCUUGAAGAGCUAAAGGCAAAUCACAAUAAUCGGACUGCGAGAGAAGACCAGCUGCAAAGAGAAAAAGAUGAGUUACAGGUUGUGUCUGUUACGCUGAGAGCAAACAGAGAUCAGUUACAGAGCAAUUUAUCUUCACUGCAGAGGAACAAGGACCAGUUGCAAGCAAGUUACAACACAUUAAAACAAGAGAACGAUCAGUUACAGACGAGCUAUAACACCAUGCAGAGGAGUCUUGAGGGGCUACAGGCAGAUCACAAUAAUCUGACUGCGAGAGAAGACCAGCUACAGACCAACUACGGAAACCAGCAAAGAGAAAAAGAUCAGUUACAGACCGAUUUAUCUUCACUGCAGAGGAACAAGAACCAGUUGCAAGCGAGUUACAACACCUUAAAACAAGAGCGCGAUCAGUUACAGACGAGCUAUAACACCAUGCAGAGGAACCUUGUGGGGCUACAGGCGGAUCAGAAAACUCUGAAAGCAACAAAAGACCAGCUACAGACCAACUACGGAAACCUGCAGAGAGAAAAAGAUGAGUUGCAGACUUUGUCUAAUAGGCUGAGAGCAAGCAGAGAUCAGUUACAGACGAGCUAUAACACCAUGCAGAGGAACCUUGAGGGGCUACAGGCAAAUCACAAUAAUCUGACUGCGAGAGAAGACCAGCUACAGACCAACUGCCAAAACCUGCAAAGAGAAAAAAACGAGUUACAGACUUUGUCUGUUACGCUCAGAGCAAGCAGAGAUCAGUUACAGACCGAUAUCUCUUCACUGCAGAGGAACAAGAACCAGUUGCAAGCGAGUUACAACACCUUAAAACAAGAGCGCGAUCAGUUACAGACGAGCUAUAACACCAUGCAGAGGAACCUUGUGGGGCUACAGGCAGAUCAGAAAACUCUGAAAGCAACUAAAGACCAGCUACAGACCAACUACGGAAACCUGCAGAGAGAAAAAGAUGAGUUACAGGUUUUGUCUGUUACGUUGAGAGCAAGCAGAGAUCAGUUACAGACGGAUAUCUCUUCAAUGCAGAAGAACAAGGACCAGUUGCAAGCGAGUUAUAACACCUUAAAACAAGAGCACAAUCAGUUACAGACGAGAUAUAACACUAUGCAGAGGAACCUUGAGGGGCUACAGGCAAAUCACAAUAAUCUGACUGCGAGAGAAGACCAGCUACAGACAAACUGCCAAAACCUGCAAAGAGAAAAAAAUGAGUUACAGACUUUGUCUGUUAUGCUCAGAGCAAGCAGAGAUCAGUUACAGACCGAUAUCUCUUCACUGCAGAGGAACAAGAACCAGUUGCAAGUGAGUUACAACACCUUAAAACAAGAGCGCGAUCAGUUACAGACGAGCUAUAACACCAUGCAGAGGAACCUUGUGGGGCUACAGGCGGAUCAGAAAACUCUGAAAGCAACUAAAGACCAGCUACAGACCAACUACGGAAACCUGCAGAGAGAAAAAGAUGAGUUGCAGACUUUGUCUAAUAGGCUGAGAGCAAGCAGCGAUUUGUUACAGAGCAAUUACGCUUCACUGCAGAGGAACAAGAACCAGUUGCAAGCGAGUUACAACACCUUAACACAAGAGCGCGAUCAGUUAAAGACGAGCCAAAACGCCAUGCAGAGGAACCUUGUGGGGCUACAGGCUGAUCAGAAAACUCUGAAAGCAACAAAAGACCAGCUACAGACCAACUACGGAAACCUGCAGAGAGAAAAAAAUGCGUUACAGGUUUUGUCUGUUACGUUGAGAGCAAGCAGAGAUCAGUUACAGAGCAAUUACUCUUCACUGCAGAGGAACAACAACCAGUUGCAAAGAAGCUUCAACACAAUGAGUUUAAGUAAGAAUUACUAUCAGAUCAGGUACAAUUCAAUGACGAAAGACAAAGAUCGAUUGCAAACCAGUUAUAAUUCUAUGCAGAGGGAAAAAGAGGAGUUACAGAACAAGUACGACAGUUUGGUCACAGUUAAAGACGAGUUAGAGAAGAAGCUCAACAAAGCGAGAGGCUUACCCUGUCAGAGAGGCUGGAGUAAGUUCGAAACCAGCUGUUACUUUGUUUCAACUCAGAAGAAGACCUGGAGUUCCAGCAGAGAUGACUGCAGAGCAAAGGGAGCAGAUCUGGUCGCCAUAGACCGCAGAGACGAACAGGUGUUUGUCAACCGGUUACUGAAGACAGGCCAAAAAGCCUGGAUCGGUCUGACUGACAGUGUUGUAGAGGGGAAAUGGACGUGGGCGGAUGGGACUCCAGUCACCACAACGUUCUGGCAGGUCGACCAGCCCAACAGCUUCUUAGGAGAACAGGACUGUGGAGAAUUUGUGGCAGAAAUAUUGGGAGUGGGAGAGUGGAACGAUCUUGGCUGUGUUGCUGCACGGAACUUCAUCUGCGAGAAAUAAGAUCACAAUGAUUCACGCAGUUCAUGAUGCUGUGUGGCUUUGGACUGUGGUUUUAUAUACAUAUACACAUCUUUAAUGAAAUAAUUCUACUGUCAAUCGUAUUCAUCAUAAUCAUGAACACUGGAGUUUAUUUUGAGUUACUUACUCAAUCCUUCAGUGGGAAAUACUCACUAGAAUACCUAUUGUGUUUUAAUCAAAAAGUCAAAAUAGUCCCCAGCAAAUACACAAUUUACUCCAUUUACUUCAGACAGUUCUGCCUAAAGACAGAAACAUCAAGUAGAUUUUGAUGUAUAACAUUGUUAGGAUUUUCAUAAAUGUAAUAUUUAGUUUGUGAUUAUUGUUUGAUCUUUGGGACUAUGAAUUUCUUGAUUGCACAACAACAGAUUUUGCUACCAAUGUCUAAAUAGUCUACAGUAGUUUUUCUUUGGCCGUUGGCAUAGCCUUAGUAAUGUUUGCAUAUUGACACCAGUUUGAUUACUUCAUAUGUAUGAAAAUGAAUUUAUAUGACAAAUAAUGUAUGUUACAAAUCACAUACAUAGAACCUUUUAAUGUAUCAUUCAUUAAUUACUUUUCUUUGUAAUGAGAACAAGAAAAUGCACACAAUAAAAAUGUAAUCUUUGUAUUUUCUGAAAAUAAAUCACUGUUUGUGUUUAA